AUGGGGGUGGUGGAAUUGAGCGAGGGGACGGAGAAGGAGAAGGCGGGAGAGGAAUACGGCGGCCGGGUGGUCAGGUGGGAGAAGUUCCUGCCGCAGGUGUACGUGAGGGUGCUGUUGGUGGAGUCCGACGACUCUACUCGUCAGAUCAUCGCUGCGCUUUUGCGUAAAUGCAAUUACAGAGGUCAGGGAUGAGAGUUACUGAGAGAUCGUUUUUGCCUCUUUUGCAUCCGGAGUGUCCUCAAUUCUCGUUUCUGAUGUAAUUCGAGAUGGUUUGUUAGCACGAUCGAUACCGUGCUGCUUCUCUGCUCAUCUUUUCCUUUCUGUGAUUUUCUUUCUCGGGAUCUUGUUAAUCCAUAGAUUACGUCGUUUCUUCUUCUCCUAAAUUUUGAAACUCUGAUUAAUGCAGAUUGUGGUGAUUGUAAAGCUGUUUUAUUAUAGUUUUGGUGUCUUGUAUUUGACCUGAUUUUCGUGAGUGGCGUAGAUUUGCGAUGCCAGUAACUUUUAUCUGGCAAUCUCACGAUGUAUUUCGUGUUAGUAGCACACGUGUUUGUUUCCGACUAGAAACAGAUGUCAUUGAUUCACUCAAUAUUCGCAAGUUUAGGAAAGUCCUUAUCGACUAUCGUAGAUCCGAUGUUCAGGAGAUUCAUUUGCAUUAUGUUCUCAUUCUUCUCAGUUUAUGGGUGCGUGAGCUUUUACCUCAUCAAACAGAAACGUAUCCAUUAUCAUUCUCUGCUUUUAAAUAUCUCGUGGAACCUAUUGUUACUUGCUUGCUAACUGAAAUAUUGUCUCUGCGUCACAGAUUUUAUUGUCCAAACAGUUAUCCUGUUCUCGAAACCUUUCUAUCAAUGUUCCCGGAUCAUCCGUGAAUACUGUUUAUGUUUUAUAAUGCCAUCUUAAGUAGACAAAAAUAAGCAGAGGAUAGUAUGCUUUCUUUGGUAAGGAACCUUUUUGUAUCUCACUGAAAGGGAACAUAUUAUGUUUCUGAUAUUUGAGUGGAUUCAUUGAACGAACUACAACAAUCGUAGAGUUCCAGGAGACGAAAUUUGCGCUAAGACAAAUCUCUUUCUUCUUAUGACCAGUUGCUGCUGCUGCUGAUGGAUUGAAGGCAUGGGAGACACUAAAGGAAAAACCUCAGAAUAUAGACCUUGUUCUAACGGAAGUUGAGCUACCAUCGAUGUCUGGAUAUGGCCUUCUUACAAUGAUAAUGGAGCACGAGACAUGCAAAAAUAUCCCAGUGAUAGGUAUUACUGCAUGAUAUUAGGUUCGCAUGGUUAGUUGCAAUAUGACAUUCUGAAAUUAAUUCCUGCCUUGAUAAAUGCAGUCAUGUCCUCACAUGAUUCUGUCGAUAUGGCUUUCAAAUGCCUGUUAAAGGGUGCAGCAGAUUUUCUUUUCAAGCCAAUCCGAAAAAAUGAGCUGAAAAACUUAUGGCAGCAUGUCUGGAGAAGGCACUUGGUAUUACCUCACUUCUAGUUCGAAGUUAGUACUUGCUUUUUCGGCAUCUUUGUGCUUGCAAUCUCAUCCAUUUUCCUGUAUUUCUGUUGUCAGUCUGAUGGUCUAGCCAGAGAUACACAUGAGCUUAAAGAUGCAAACCUCACUCAGAAAAAUGAUGAAUCAGAUAACGAGAAAAAUGUUUUUAGCGAUCGUUCAAGAGACAAUACUGCUCUCCAAGACAAAAGCAGUACAUACAGAGCGAACGGACGCGAAACUCAAGUAAUUACUCUUCUCAAAAUAUGUUUUUUUUUUUCUGUCUUCUGCGCAAUCCCUGAUAAGGGAGAUGUAAGGAACUGAUACACGGCAGUUGUCUUAGAGAUCUUCAUAAAAACCAUCUCAUAUAGUGGGUAAAUCAUGCGUUGAAAAACAAGGGCCAUAUUUCUCCUGUAAUAAUCAAAAUGCAGGAUGCAUUUCGUUUCACCAAUGUAUAUAUCCGAUCAUCAUUUUCGCGUAGGGCCAGUCAUAUUCUGAUAUUCGUACUGCAUAGUUCGGAAAAGUUGAGAUUCUCUGCACAGAUUUUUUAUUUUUUUCCCUGCAGAUGCUAUAUAUAUUUUUGCCACCUAUUUCGCAGAACUCCUGUACAAGGCUAGAUAUUAAAGUUGAGAGCACAUACCUGCAAAACGCUCGGGAGAAUAUCCAGCCGGAUUGCGUCAGCUCCUCUGCUGGCAAUGACCCGAGAACCCACAGAGAUGAUGUGCGCGGUAAGUUGGCUGAAGAGUUAUCUUCGAGUGAAUAGGUUCACAUUUUUCGUCAGUUUUUUGGUUAUGUCAAUUUUACACCAAUGAUAUUCAUUUACUCAUGAAAAUAUGGAAAAAUAUUUUUUUCAGAUAAGUCAACAGAGUUGGUUAUAGAAGCGGCGUGCUCUACUCAAGCGAUAAGAGGAAGAGAAGAUCUCAACUCUGGAGUAACUUUCCAGAGAAGUUUUAUGUCCACUGGUUGCGUGGGGGAAGACAUGUUCUGCGAGCAGAAACCCUUCAGAGAAUUUGAUCUGAUUGGAGCCAUGGAUAAUCAUACACCGUGCGAUCAUGGGCCCAAAACCAACCCUGAACGUCCAGAUGAUGCCUCCAACAAUGGAGGGACCCUUGCUGCUGCGAAGGAUGAAAAUUGGAAUUUCUUGGAGCUCUCUCUGAAAAGGCAUGCGCUUAUUAGGACCGACAACCAAGAGAAGGAUGAGUUCAAUGCGUUAAACCAUUCAAAUUCCUCAGCCUUCUCCAGGUGAGCCUUCUCAAAUGAUUUACCUUUCUAGCUGUGUCGCAGUGAAUUCACUGCCUGUCAAGGGCACUUAAAACGAAUACCAUUGAUUAUGGAUGAAAUAAAUUUCUUAACUAAUUAUACAUCCCAUCCGUUUUCACUUGUCAGGUACAGUAAGACGCUGUCAUCUCCUCAAAGCGAUUUGAGAAAAACAGAGCUCAAAGAUAACACCAAAGAUGCCAAUGGCCAGUUAAGAGACCUUGGCCUUUCCCAGAGUAGUACUUCUCAGCUCGAUGGGUCAAUAUCAGAUGCGUACCCGCAAGCCGUCGAUUGCCCAACUGCUAGCCUGAGAACUCAACGUGGAAUUCCAACCUCUCAUCUCGAGAUCCAUCCAUUCCCCGUUUCUAAAGCCGGAACUGUUUACAGCCAUGGUUCAUUACUCCAGCCCUCGUUUUACACACAGCCAGGCUCUCCAGUUUGGGUUUCAAAGCCGACUAAUCCAGAACCCAUCCACUCAAGUCUCUCACACCAAUCCGACCAAGAAACCCCCAACUCUGGGAAAGAUCGCCGCCCUCACGGUCAAGAUGUCGGCAAGAUUUUGUACAAAGCAAAGAUGAAGCACCCGUACAGGAUAGAAUCCUCGAACGAGAAGAGUCUCGUCUCAUCCGUCACAUCUCAGAGCGGAACUUGCAACCGCGAUCUUGCAUCAAACAAUACCUCCGGGCUGGUGGACUCCAAUCGCUCAAUUCAUAGAGAAGAAGCCCUGAAGAAAUUUCGUCUAAAGCGGAAGGACAGAUGCUUCGAGAAAAAGGUCAGAAACUUGACCCAACCCCCUCCCUUUCAUUUCUCAUCAUCCAUGGCAGAGCUUGUCGAGAUCUUAAUACUCCCGGUGACAUUCCUAUAGGUACAAUACCACAGCCGGAAGAGGCUGGCCGAUGAGCGCCCCCGGGUUAAAGGGCACUUUGUUCGCCUGCUCCAACCCCAUCCUCAGCCUCUAGACGCGGGGACCUAG